UUGCAAACACCACCACUUGCAGAGGAUAACAGCUGCAGCACCCAUCAGCGUUUUAUCACUCUUUCCCGAGCGGUUCCCCACAUUGGCGCUUUCGCGAAUAUCCCAAGCGUCAGCACAAACGGUGGCGGUGAAUUAGCAUUAGCCCAUUAGCUCAGCCUAGCAGAAACACACCAUGUAAGCAGCAGCUAACAGUUAGUUAGCGUGAGACGGACGGCGUUUGUGUUGUAGAUAGCUGCUCGUAAAACUCUUCACUUCACCAUAGACCUGCUCUGUGCUUGCCCUCUUCCUGCGUUUGUGGCUGUCUUUAAUAAUAGUGUGUCGGUGUGCCCGUCUUCAUGUGCUCGGUGUGUUGUCAGCUGGUGAGGAUAUAACUAAGCUAACGUUAGCUAGCAACUGUCGUUAUGUCUCAGCUCGCCUUCCCCGAUAUAAACCACCCAUUUGCACCGUCGAAUUUAUUUAUGUAUAUUUGUGAUUACGUUUAAGCAAACGGGUAGCUUUUUGACAGGUAUGCUAGAUUAGCAGACUGGCUGUUUCACCCUUUCCUUCUCCUGAUGUUAGUACGACACAGUUAGCAUCUUACUGUAACCUACAGGCUCGGGCGGAAAUGCAAUGUACGCACAUACAUGAUGUACAAUCGACCGCCAGUGUGUAUCGCCACCGUGUAUAACAGUCAUGUGUCUGAAGGGACGUAAAGUGUGUUGUUUCAUCAAAAUCAAGUCCGCAUCUGAAACGCCUUGUACUGUGAGAAAUAGCUUCGUUGUGUGUAGCUAUUUGAGAGGAAUUCCGCUGAUCACUCUAAUCACUUUCCUGAAUUCUUGGCUCUUACGGUGAAGCAUAACUGUUCUUUUUGCUGGAUGGUGUUGUAGAAGUGACACAGGAACAGUUUGAUGUAAAAUGGGGGACGAUCGACCUUUUGUGUGCUCAGCCCCAGGAUGUGGACAGAUCAGACACCCACUCCCACCCGCUUUUUAAAGAACUGUGAGGAGGUGGGUUUGUUCAGUGAGCUAGAUGGCUCCUUCGAACAGGAGCUUCGCAAAACACAGGAGGAGGAGGAGAGGAGAGCCAAGACUACGCUUUCUGCUCUGCAAAUUCCAUCUGAAAUGGAGAGAGAAGGACCUCUGGAGAUUGACUCCUCACCUCCUGACAGCCCUUCAUCUGCUUCUAGCAUGACAGACAGCAAAGACUCAGUGCCAGUGACGAAGGAGCCUGUUGCAUUGAGGAAGAACAAGGAUAUGCCUCCAAGGACUACAGCAAGCUCUGCACCUACACCCACAAUAGUACGACCAGGGUCCCUCCCUCUUCACCUAGGAUACGACUCUAUGAACCCCACUCAACCCUCGCCUACUUCUGUCAUCACAAGGACCCCUCCCUCCAACAGACUCAGUUCUCCCUCUGGUUCCUUUCCUAUGAUGAUGCAGCUUCCAAAUGGUCAGACCGUUCCUCUGCUUCCUAGCCCUGGACAAACGUCAGUCAUAUCUUUGGCCCGGUCAUCAAAUACGGUGCCCAACAUCCCUGGUAUUCCUGGCCCUCCUAUUGGUGGAAGCAGCAGUGGUUCCUCCUCUCCAUCUGGAUACAGUUCUCAUAAUGAUGCCAAGAUGAGGCUCAAGGCAGUACUGUCACCACAGAGUGUAAGUGGACUAACACCAACCCAGAAAACUGAGCCCAAUGAGACACCUUCACCAGCUCAACCACAGGUGUCUCCGGCUCCGCCGAGAGGUGGACGCAGGCGCCGGGGGCAAGAGACAGAACCUGAUGAGCGCAGACGCCGCUUCCUGGAAAGGAACAGAGCUGCUGCCUAUCGUUGCCGGCAGAAGCGCAAAGUGUGGGUCAGUGCUCUAGAGAAGCGUGCAGAGGAGCUUGCCACAACUAACGUCACACUCACGAAUGAAGUGUCUCUGUUGAGGGCUGAAGUGACCCGUUUGAAAGAAUUGCUGCUGGCUCAUAAGGACUGCCCUGUUACUGCCAUGCAGAAAAAAGCAUACCUAGCUGCAGGUGUUGAUGAGAGUGCAGUGUCAGCGAUGGUGUUGCCGGUCUCAGUUCCAGCUCCAGUAUCUGUAAACGGAUUGAGCAUGAGAGCAGCAGAGGCUGUGGCCGUUUUGGCCGGAAUGGGCUCUGGCCAGUGGAGCAGUCCAGCUGGAGACGUGCCGUCCCAGUCACAGCCCACCUCCAGAUGAUGACCAUGUGCUUCAGCCUGUGAGGACAGGGCAUCUGUCUUGAGGAAGUAGGCCUGUUAAAGAAGUCCAGUGACAGAUCUCUUCCCUCGGAACAGUUAGAAUGUGUUUGUAAAUGCCCUUCGUAUGUGGCAAAUGGGAACAAUCGUUAUGACCUGACCACACCCAGUUUCUCACCUUCAGCGUUUCACGGUCUCUCCUGUUACUUUGGGCUACUGUAGCUAGAGAUUGCAGCGUUUUUUUUUUUCUUCUUUGGACUAAGUGGCCUGAGAGUGUGACCUGUCGCAGGAUGUCGCUGGCAGACUAUAGAGACUAGGACGCACUGCAGUAAAAAACUUGUAAAGACUCACUAUGUUAUCUCACACCCAUGUACACGCAUUUAGAGUCCUUCAGCACGCUUAUGCACUGUUGUGCUCACUUGAUAUUUUGUUGUUUGCAGGUGUUGCUCAUUUUAGAUUUUUAAUCGACGCUAAAAUAUUAUUUUCUAAAUAUUUGACUGCAUGAUUCAAACCACAUAAGAUAGAUGAGUACCACAUUAUGCAGACACAUUUGGCAUUCUGUUGAUCUCUUUCUAAUGCUUUCCCUUUUUUUCUCUCUGUGUCUUGGUAAACCUAAAAUCAUUUCUCUCAGGUCUCUCCUGCUGUGUGGCUGUGGUAGUCAAUGUGGGAAUUCUCUUGCCUCUUGUUAGUGUAACUGAAAGCCACAGAAUAGACUUGUCUGGAGAUGAAGAGCAAUAUAUUUUUAUAUUUGAAUGUCAUUAUCAGUCUGCAUUUCGUGGCCUAUGUAUGAGAUGUACGGGUAGCUUAACCACAAACAAGUGUGUGAUUGCUUUUAUCUUUAAGGAAAUAAUCUGCUCGGUUGAAUCACAUUUUUGUUUCUUUAUGCAAGAAGCCAAAAAUCCUUUACAUUAGAGGUUGUACCCAAAAGUUUCAGGUUAUCAGGUUUCAAGCGUGGGAACACAGAAAUGCACCAACAUGACCCCACUUCUUGCAGUUCAUUGAUUGUGUGCAUGUGUAUCAUUGAUUUGUAUUGUACAUGUGUAUGAAUGUGAGAGAGUUUUAUCAUUCUGGAGCACAUUUCUCAUUAAGGGGUUUAUCAAUCAGAAUGUCUAUUACAUCAGAAUUUGAUUUAUAACAAAUGGAAGGAGCUGCAAAGUCCUUUGUCAUUGAAUGUUUGUGUAUGGCUUGUUUAGUAACUGAAAAACCCACACUUGAACACAGUGUCAAACCACCCCCUCCUUUCAGUCCUAUUUUAACGAUAUCAUUCGAACAACUGCUAAUUAUUGUAUCAACAUUAUGUUCACUGCCUUGGUAUAAUUUCAGCCUGGAUGCUUUGUUUUGUUCAGGUUCAUCUUUACAUCCCAGUUUUUUGUUUUUUGACUUUUUUAUUUUUGGUUGUGACUUGUUUACUGUUUAUGGAUUAUUUUUCCUCAGCAGUCAUAUCAGUCCCUGUGAGGCCUACCCGUUCUUGUCUGGUAGUGUGCUUUCUCACCUGCAGCAGUACAUUGUGAAAGAGGAGCUUUUCUCAGUGUGUAUCACUAACUGAUCCGAAAGUGUGCAACUCGUCAGACAAACCCUUUAACCAGAGCUGUAAAUAUCACUAAAUAUGAAAUGCGCAUAUAUGUCCAAGCAUUGCUGUCUGUACAAUAUUAACUAAAUGAGAUGGUCCUGAAGAUAUAUUGUAAUAAUUAAACAUUAAUGAAAUUCAAAAGUGUGCUAAAUUGAGAUGCAUGUCAUUAAAUUGACAUUUAAGGA